AGAGGAAAAUUUGGCACAGUAUACAGAUGCAAAGAAAAAUCGACUGGAUUGUGUCUAGCAGCAAAAUUCAUCGGUUGUCCUAAAAAAGAAGAUAGACGAAAUGUGGAGAGAGAAAUAGAUAUAAUGCGAUCUCUUCAACAUCCAAGGUUAAUUCAGAUAUACGAUGCUUUUGAAAAUGGAAAGAUCAUGACAGUAAUUCUAGAAUUAAUCGAAGGCGGCGAGUUGUUUGAGAGGGUCAUCGACGACGAUUUUAUAUUGACUGAGAAAAGCUGCACGGUUUUCAUGAGGCAAAUAUGCGAAGGCGUCGAUUUCAUACACAAACAGAGGAUAUUACAUUUAGACAUGAAGCCGGAAAAUAUCCUUUGUCUGACAAAAACCGGAAACAGGAUUAAGAUAAUCGACUUCGGCCUCGCCAGGAAGUUUGAUCCCAACAAGAAACUUCAAGUUUUAUUCGGCACUCCAGAGUUUGUAGCUCCCGAAGUUGUGAACUUCGAUGAAAUCGGAUACGGAACCGACAUGUGGUCAGUGGGAGUUAUUUGCUAUGUACUCUUAUCUGGCCUGUCUCCAUUUAUGGGUCACACUGACGUAGAAACCAUGGCGAACGUCACUAUAGCCAAAUAUGACUUCGAGGAUGAAGCAUUUGAUGAAAUAUCGGAAAACGCGAAAGACUUUAUUAGAAAACUCCUCGUUAAAGACAUGAACCAGCGCCUAUCGGCUACAGACUGCCUCAAUCAUGACUGGCUCAAAAGGAAGAAGUCGCCACCUAGUCUGCCGAAAACACCCAGUAUGGACGUCACCAAGGACAAUUUGAAACAGUUCGUUGAAAGGUGGAACGAGCACCCAAAUUCGCCGUAUGUUUUUGAGAUUAGUUCCCAUGUGAUAUCACCAUCGAUGUUGCCUAACGGUGAAGAAGACCUUUCUGGUUCUAGCCAGUCUCUAAUCGGUGAGUCACCAUCUCCGUGUGGGUCUUUAGCCUCGUCACCAGGGUCAGACAACGCUUUUGUAAACGAAGGGCAAGAAAGUUUAGAGCAGCAGCUACUAGCACCGCCAGUUGAGCACUUCAGAAGAGCUUCUGACAGUACUUGUGUGGUGAAACCGAAUGAUAUUGCAGAGAGAAUGAAUUUGGCUGAAGAGAUUAGAAAACUAUCAGAUAAACUUUUCCAACUUUCUAAUUUCAAUACAAGUCUCACUAAUAACGAGACAGUAUUUAAAAAUGAAGUUUCUAUAGUCAAAGAGGAAACUAUUCCUAGAAGUGUGCCGAUAACAAUAACAGGAAGAAAGUACAAAGAUGAUGUUAUAACCGUCGAUGAUGAAAACAAAGAAACUCUAGGAAUACCAUGGAGAAAAUCAAAAUUUAAAGUAAACAAUAUGUCCAGAGACGUACCUCUCAGUAUAAAAACCAUACAUAAACCAGUAAAUUCCCACUUCACUACAAAAACCAACAACUUAAACAGUCCUAAUGGUACCAAAGACUUGCUCCUUCAGCUGCUAGAACAGUGGGACGGGCCAAAGGGUCCAGUGAGACAAAAUACAAGGCAUGGUUCUGUAUCUUCUGACUAUACUGAGAAUGAAUCGUUAGGACAAAGAACUAUCAGCUCUCUCAACACCUUCUUCCAAUCCAGAUCUGCCAAUAAGUUGGCACCAUUCAGGGUCAUUCAUAAAACUUAA